AUGGAACUUGUGUUGCUCAUUUCAUUUGCAGUACUGAUAGCCUUUCUUGGAUUGCUGGAGCUUUUGUAUACUGGGUUGGUGCUAAAGCCAGAGAGGCUCCGUUCUGUGCUAAGGAAGCAAGGCGUCAGGGGACCAAGUCCAUCUCUGCUGCUUGGAAACAUAUGCGAGAUCAGGAACUCUCAAUCCACAACAGUAAAGGCUUCUGCAAAUGAACCACCAGUUUUCCACAACUGUGCUGCGGCCCUCUUUCCAUUUUUUGAGCAAUGGAGGAAGCGAUACGGUCCAGUAUUUGUGUUUUCGUUGGGCAACACACAAAUAUUAUAUGUGAGCCAGCCUGAUGUUGUGAGAGAGAUUACUACAUGCACAUCAUUAGAAUUUGGGAAGCCUUCAUAUCAGCAGAAAGAACGUGGUGCUUUGCUUGGUCAGGGCAUUCUGACUUCAAAUGGGAAUGUUUGGGCUCAUCAGAGGAAAAUCCUUGCUCCUGAAUUAUACAUGGACAAGGUUAAGAGAAUGACGAGCAUGAUAACUGAAUCCACCACUGUGCUGCUGAACUCAUGGAAGAGCAGAAUUGAGAAAGAGGGUGGAAUAGCAGACAUCAAAAUCGACGAGGGAAUGCGAAGCUUCUCAGGAGAUGUUAUUUCGCGAGCUUGUUUUGGGAGCAACUAUUCCAAAGGAGCAGAAAUUUUCGUGAAACUAAGAGCUCUCCAGGAGGCUAUGUCCAAGAAAAGUCUAUCCACUGGAAUUCCUGGCAUGAGAUAUAUUCCCACCAAGAACAAUAGACAAGCAUGGGCAUUAGAGAAAGAGGUCCGCAAUUUGAUACUCGAAGUAGUCAAAGAGAGAAAGGAAGCUGCAUACGAGAAGGAUCUCUUGCAAAUGAUCCUUGAGAGCGCCAAAAACAGCGACCUGGGACAGGAAGCAAUGGACCGGUUCAUUGUUGAUAACUGCAAGAACAUAUACUUGGCCGGGUAUGAGACUACAGCAGUUUCUGCCACAUGGUGCCUCAUGCUGUUGGCCGCAAAUCAAGAGUGGCAAGAUCGUGUCCGUGCAGAAGUUCUUGAAGUCUGCGGGUCAGGUCGCAUUCCAGACGCAGAUAUGCUUCGCAAGAUGAAACAGCUAAAUAUGGUCAUUCAUGAAUCUUUGCGACUUUAUCCACCAGUGGCAGUGGUGUCAAGGGAGGCGUUUAAGGAGAUGAAAUUUGGGGACAUCAUUGUUCCCAAGGGUGUGAAUGUUUGGACCAUGGUGCUGACAUUGCACACUGAUCCUGAAGUAUGGGGACCCGAUGCAUACAGAUUCAAUCCAGAUAGAUUUUCAAAAGGGAUAACAGGCGCUUGCAAGCUUCCACACCUGUACAUGCCAUUUGGUGUUGGGCCUCGUGUGUGUCUUGGACAGAACUUGGCCAUUGUUGAACUCAAGAUACUGAUAGCUCUCAUUCUUUCCCAAUUCUCUUUCUCCCUCUCACCCAAAUACAUCCACUCGCCUGCUCUCAGGCUGGUCAUAGAGCCAGAACGUGGAGUUGAUCUCUUGAUGAAGAUGUUGUGA